GGAGUUUGUCAGGGAGAAAAAGUACCAGACAGAGGCUGAGGUGUUUGGGUGGAGCUUUGUCUUCGAGGACCUUGUCUCUGAUGAGCUUAGAAACAAAGCAACCCAGAAAAUGCAGUCUCUCCUCUGGUGGCUUCCAGUGGAAAGGGCGUUCUGGAGGCAGCCUGCAGGUCCCGGCUCUGGCAUCCGAGAGAAACUGGAGCUCCCAGUGGUACACAUGAGCUGGAAUGAUGCCCGUGCCUACUGUGCUUGGCGGGGGAAACGGCUGCCCAUUGAAGAAGAGUGGGAGUUUGCUGCCCGAGGGGGCUUGAAGG